AUGUUAGAAGAAUUAAUUUCGUUUAUUGUACAAUUGCCGAGCCAUGAUGGGAUAUCAAAAUAUGUGAAUACUUUUCUUUUAAAGAAAAAUGUGAUAAUAUCGGAAUCAGUGUUACUGAACUUGCAUACCGUACUCUAUAUCAUUUUAUUCUAUCAUGCAGUCUUCCUUUUAAGUAUCAAAAUGUUCUUCAUACCUAUUAUCAAAACCAGAAACGGAAAAUGUGACAAGAGGCUACUAGGCCAAUGCGGUAUGCGCGUAGCAUCUACUCUACAAACGUUAAUAGUGUUAUAUCUAUCAUUUAACUCCAUUUUAAAUAGAAAAAAUGACGACAGUGUAACGGAUCCUCAAUCCCGUGUAUUUUAUGAGGAUAGGAAUACGCAAGUAAUUUGCUUGUAUGCAUUAGGGUAUUUUAUUUGGGACACAAUUGCAUCUUACCGUUAUUCAAGUGCCCUCUUUGUACUACACGGAUUUGUCUCUGCAUGGGGUUAUUAUAUCGGAUUGAAACCAUAUAUUCAAUACUAUGCCCCUAUAUUCCUCAUCUUUGAAAUAUCCAACCCUUUUCUGAAUAUUAGGUGGUUUGGCAGAUUUUUUUUCCCUGAAUGGAAAAAUUUGCUGCUAGUAAACGAUUUGCUGUUCAUUGCUACCUUUUUUAUGGGAAGGAUAUUAUGGGGCUGGUACCAAGUGACAUUACUAUGCAUUGAUCUGUGGCAAGUACGCCAUCUAGAUAAGUUCAACGUAUUUGAUACAUGGUUUAUGAUAUUGAUCCAAUUAUCAAUCGGAACGCUCAAUAUAUCUUGGUUCUGCAAGAUGUGUUUGAAAGCGCAACAGAUCCUCACAAGAUCUAGAACCUUCCAUAAAAGCAUCACUUCUCCAUAA